AUGGCGGGCGGCGGGACCUGGCGGCCGCCGCGGUCGUGCGAGGACUACUGGUGGGAGUGGAAGCACUGCCGCGGGCUGCGGCACGCCUUCCACCACUACUACGCGCACGGGGAGCUGCCGGCCUGCGGCCGCUGGCGCGACGACUACGAGGCCUGCCGCGCCUGGGAGAGGGGCCGCGCCGCCGCCGCGCAGGAAGCUUUGUGCAAGAGUGAAAGAGCUCGAGUUAUGGAAAAACAGAAAUAUGCUCCAGUGUGGAUGCUCAGGAAGAGCCCACCACCUGACUGGUAUCUUCCACUUGACCAAGACAAACCAAAUUAGCAAGGCUGUUUUGCUGUGUUUGGUCAGUAAUGUAAUACACAGUGCAGAACUAUCCUGGUUUUUUUUCUUCCAUGUCAUCUUGAAAUGAUCCAACUGUAGCUCUGCCCUGCAAUACUUUAGUACUCAUUCAAAAAUACUGAGAGUUUAUUUAAACACCCAGUAUUUUUUAAAGGGAGAAUCGAGGUGCUUAAUUUGAUUCUGGUCUCUUACUACUGUCUUACACUUCAGGAUUUCAUCUCAGCAACUUGGCAGGCAACUCCCAAACUAGUGCACAUAGGAUGUAGCUCCUCUUGCUAGACAAGGAUCUCUUCCCCUGCCAGCCAGUGUUGUGCACUUUUGGAACAAGGUACCCACCCCAGGCCUGCCAGAUGGGAAAAGAAAAACAAGCUGGGGCUCCUCCCUGCCGUUUCAGGACAAUCACAACCACUGGCAUUUAAAAGUCAUUUCCCAGAUUCACGAUUGUCAUGGGUGAAGAGCUUCUCACCUGGUGGGAUGAUGUUGCAGACUCUGAAACUGCAACCCUGCCCCUUUGUGGAACUGCUCUGGAACGCUGGUGUGUGUCGAUGGCAGUAUUCAAAAUCACUACAAAAAUAAAGGUUUAAAUGAAUGAAGAGAGAUCUGUUUUG